AGCUCGUUCGCCAGUUCCGGUCACGUUGCUGGGUGUUUACGCCCGGAGCCUGCCCCGGGCCCCCCACCUCUGCGCCCCGGAGCCCCCCGAGCCCCGGAGUCCGCGCCCCACAGCCUCGCAGCAGCUGAUGGCGCCGCAGCCGGGCCGCGCUCUGCGGAUCCGUGAGAGCAGCUAGCGCGGGAGAAGAGCUCUUCCCGAGACCCAGCGAGGCCCGGGCCGGGCCCGGCGGCUCUCUGGGGUCCGCAGGUGGGGCCCAGGCCUGGGUUGCCAUGGAUACCGUGUCCCUGGAGCAUCAGAUCCAGAGCGUGCAACGCCACAUCAGCUUCCUGAAAAAGGAGCAGAUGGCCCUGCUUCGAGACCUGCACCUGGAGAUCCUGAGGCUGCAGAAACGCUGCUCAGAGCUAACCCACGACCUGGAGAUGAGAGAGGUCCAGUCUCACCAGCAAGAGGAGGCGUCCCGAGAGCUGGAGGACAAGUGCCGCGCUCUAGAGUCGCAGCUGGAGGCACGGGCGGCGGCCAACGCGGAGCUGCGGCGGGAGGUGGCACAGCGGGAGGCGCUGGUGUCUGCGCUGCGCUGCAGCCUGCGCUCGGAGGAGCGCCGCUUUCUGGAGGAGCUGCGGCGCCGCAGUCACCGCGCCACGGUGCUGGGCACCGAGCUGCAGAAACACACCGAGGCGGCCGCCUACCUCUCCUGCCAGCUGCACGUCGCGCGCCAGAGACUCCAGGGCCCCCGCUCCGGCGCCGCAGCUUCGGAGCCCCGGGCCCGCCGGCGUGCACAACGGGCCCGCCGCCCUCCCGAGGCGGCCGCCAAGGGUCCGGGCCGGGACUGGGCGACCUGGGAAGACGCCGAUCCCAUGCCGGACCCCGCGCUCUUUCUCUACCCACGGAGGCCGCCGCGGCCCAGCGCCCGUGGCCCUCGCCCUCUGCUACGCCAGGAGCUGCCGGACCAAGAUGCCCCGCAACCCGUGCCACACCAGGAGCCCCAGUACCAAGGCGGCCUGCAUCCGGGGCUCAGCAAGAGCCCAGCCGCCACGCCCAGCGCCCCAGGGGAUCCUGAGUAGGCGACGGGUUAGCGGUGGCAACAGGGAAAGCAGGCCUGGCCAGGCGGGAUCAGGGAUGGGGCGGAGUCCAGCCCGCAGAUCCGCCCCAGCUCCGCCACACACUAGAGCCGCCCCCGCUUGUGUGUUUCCCCGAGAUGAGUUGUCUUCUCCGGAGAGGGAGCUCCUUUGCAGAGGGAACACCAAAGCAAUGCACCUUUUUUUUGUGGUGGACUGGUAGUAAUGACCCUAAUCUGUGUCCCCCCUCCACCCCAGCCCCUGGUGGUUGGGGGGAGUAGAGUCUUGUAUGUCUCUGGAAAGCUGACAAUCUCUUGUAGGGCGGGAGAAGGCUAGGUCUGCCUACAGGAAGGAACACGGUGGCACUUGGCACUGCUAGGCCCUCACGCGCCCCUUCCCUGCUUUCUUCUCCCUCUCCUUCCCCCUCCCCCCUCCUCCAGCCCAGUCCUGCCCAGCCUUUUGCUCGGGAGAGGCAAGCUUAGGAGCUGGCUCGUGUACUCGGAAGUAGUUACUCCCCACACCACUGAUAAGUCCUUGAAGGUGAGCACCGAACACUUUAGAAUCUAUUUUAGAAGUCACGUCCUCUCAGAGCCGCUGUGUUCCUGGUGGCAGUUGACUUACAGGAAACAGUAAGGCUAGACCCUGGAAGCCAGUCGUGGAAAAGGAACUGAUUGGUUCUUCCCAGGUUUGUCACGCAGAGGUUCAGGAGAUUGGAGAUAGGCAAGCUGGGGCUCAGAUUUGACUUGGCAAGGGCAGAAGGGCCUCUCACCCGUCUGCUCCUGAGGCCGUUUUAGAGACUUCCCAGUCCUGUUAUAGGUGCUAAUCUUGCCAGCUUUCCGAACAGCUGGCUGCACCCGAAGGCAGGGAGGAGAGCCUGGCUUCUUGGAAGUGGCAGCUAUCCAUAGAAACUUCAUUUUUCUGGGGAGGAAAGUAAAAACUGGUUAGUCCUUGGUGGUAUCCAUCCCUGGAAAGGCCUCUAGGCCUGUAAAACCUGCUGAUAAUGGGGUAGCCCUGUACUGUUGGGAGUGAUAAACAGAACAGAAUGGUGACACCUUCCCCUUCCCAAUUCCCCUCAAUAUCAAAGGCAGGAAGCUUCCGUCCAGCUCCUGAUCAGGCCCCAUAUCAGAGCCCCAGAACCCACUCCACCACUCUUGGUUUGACCUGCUUUGAGUCCUAAGUGCCUGUGAGGUCUUUCCUGGAGCUGCUGAGAGAAGAUACCUCUCUUCUCUCAGACACUGGGCCCCUAGCAGGUCCUAGGCUCUGACUAAGGCACCACCCAAGGUCUUGAGGUGAGCAGUCUGUCUCUGUAGUUGACAAACUUCAGUCAUGGCCACCAGGAAGAAAGAGAACUCCUGGCUCACAUCGUCCAUUUUGUAAGAGGAAGCAAAGGCAGUGAGCCCAUUCUAACCUGAUCCUGCACACAGACCCCUCCCUGCAGGACCGCUGAGGCCACUGAGCAAUAGCUAGCCCUGGGCUGAGCUGUCUAGCUUCUGGGAGCUGGAUGGCAGAAGUAGAACCCUGGGUCCUCACUAGGACCCCAGCCUCUACUCCUUCAGUCCAGUGGCAAUACCUGCCCCACUUAUCACUCACUGUCCUGCUACCCUGUCCAUCAGGAACCUGCCAGUGUGAGGGACUUGCUGUACUCCCUUGGAGGUGCCCGAAGGACAGUAGGAAAGGAAAGCUGCUUUCUUGGGUCACUUGCAUAGACCUACAUCUCUUGCAACCAUCCUUUUGGGGUGAACGGGGUGACUUUGUCAGGUUGACUUUUCUAGAGAGAGCUCUUUCUCAUCCAUCCACCCACUAAAAGCCAUAGCUACCCCCAGCUAGCUUCCCUUUAAACUAUAGCAAUAUCCCUCUUCCUUUUCUCUUCUGGGCACCCAGGGUGUUCAGCUGGCUCUGUCAAACCCCAUCCCCAGGAUCAGACAAUAACCUGCCUGCCUUUCCUCAAAUGACCCUGUCAGCACCUCCCAAAUCCUGUUCUUCUGCUGACAGCGGAGAUAAUGAUAUCUGUUCGUGAGGUAUUUGAAGAGCUUCCAGAUGAAAGGGUCUAAGGACAUCUGGGUACUAGUCAAGAUCUUGAGGUUGGGGGUGGAUAAUGCAACUCUUCCAUCAGUGAGAGAGUGAUGGAAAGGCCUAGGCAGAUACAGGAUUCUGGUGUUAUCAGAAUACCCUCUCCUUCUUGUGGAAAUAAUGAAAGACUCCCUUCAUUGGUCAACAGGCAAGGACUCCCUCAGGCUCCCGCUCUGGGACAGGCCCUGCCCUUAGCUUCAACUUCUUUUCUUCCUAGACCUGGCUAUAGGAAUCCACCUGAUAGAAGGAAAAGUUCCAGCCACAGCCCAGGAAUGACCCAGUGGCCAAGAAGAGAAAGGGCCAUUUAAUUUCUCUUCUUUGUUGUAUACAUCCCCAUCGAGAGACUGAGAUAGUUCAUGUGGACCUCAGUCCUUAGAGGAGAGUCCCGCAGUGCAACUGUAGACAGACCCAGAAGGAAGAGCAGCAGUGGUGUUUUACAAUCUAGAAGCCAUCCAGGAACGAGUGAGUGAUGCAGUCCAAGGUUCUGCACCCUUCACCACUGUAUCCUUGCCAAGGCAACUUGUUCUUUGGGGAACCAGUUCUGGGCCAAGAUGAGGCAGCUCAUCCCUAUACAGGCAGCAGGAUAGAUACAUCCUGGAUGGAGGUGGAAGGGAAAGAGGCCAGAGGGUGUGAAGCAUCUUCUCCUUUGGGGGGCCAGGUUCUCCUAAGCACUCUUUCACACUGAUGUGCCAGCCUUGAAUGGGAGACAUGCAGGGCAGUCAGAUCCUGCUCCAAAUUCUCUGUUGGCUGCGCUUUUUAAUCCAAUGCUUUUCAGAGUGUAUUCACUCACCUACAGAAAUAGAGCCCUGUGCUUUAGGGGUGACUGUCAUAUGCCUUAUUCUUAAUAAAACGUUUGGAAAACAUGUAGUCCAUUCUC